CACACAUACGUAAUAACAAAUCAUACUUUUCUCCAUCGCCUCUCUCUCUCUCUCUCUCUCUAUAUAUAUAUAUAUAUCAAUCUCUCCUCAGUUGCGCCUCCAUCUUGCUCUUCUCUCCUUCAAUUCUCUCUCUCUCUGCCAAACUAUUGACGUUUUCAAAGUCAUUGUCCCUCUCGUAUAAUCCGUCGAUCCAUCACAACAUUCUGAUAUUUCAAAGCUAAGUCUCUGUAUUAAAACCCCUGUUUCGUUUUUUUCGAAAAAAAUUGCUUCUACAGAUAAUUUUUAGGGAAUUUUCUAGGUUUCCCUCAGAUUCUGAUCCGUUUCUUCUCUUUUAAACGCUUAAUUUAACAAAUUUUGACUAACCCAUUUGAUCUGAUCACUGGUUUUACAUUGUCACAAACACAACACAGCAAAUAUGAUUUGCUCUGCCAAACAAUCAACAUACUCAUUCGCGAUCAAACACUCUGAUUUCAGAUCAAAAUCUUAUUUACCCUCAAGCCUUCAAACCCUUUCACUACCCUCAAUUUCAAAUCCACAAAUCUGUAUAAAAAAGCCUCUUUCUAUAUCUUCAAUUGAAGGGUUUGGUUCUCUAUUGAGAACUCGAAAGCCUGUAAUUGAAUGCAAAGCAUAUGAAUCUGAUCGAUCGCAACCAUUAGACAUUAACAUUGAAUUACCAGAUCAACAAGAGGCAGCCCAGAAGCUCAAAAUCAGUCUAUAUUUCGCAACAUGGUGGGCUUUGAAUGUGGUGUUCAAUAUAUACAACAAGAAGGUUCUCAAUGCAUUUCCAUACCCAUGGCUCACAUCAACGCUUUCAUUAGCAGCAGGGUCGUUGAUUAUGCUGGUUUCAUGGGCUACAAGGAUUGCUGAACCCCCGAAGAUCGAUCUCGAGUUCUGGAAGAUUCUGUUUCCGGUUGCUGUGGCGCACACAAUUGGGCAUGUAGCAGCCACUGUUAGUAUGUCUAAAGUUGCUGUUUCAUUCACACACAUUAUCAAGAGUGGUGAACCUGCUUUCAGUGUGUUGGUUUCGAGGUUUUUGCUCGGUGAGACGUUUCCGGCGCAGGUUUACUUGUCCCUUUUGCCAAUUAUUGGUGGUUGUGCGCUCGCAGCGGUCACUGAGCUCAAUUUCAACAUGAUUGGGUUUAUGGGGGCUAUGAUUUCGAAUUUGGCAUUCGUGUUUCGCAACAUUUUCUCAAAGAAGGGAAUGAAGGGGAAGUCCAUUAGUGGGAUGAACUACUAUGCUUGUUUGUCCAUGUUGUCUCUAUUAAUUCUCACACCUUUUGCAAUUGCUGUGGAGGGCCCUCAGAUGUGGGCAGUUGGCUGGGAAAGAGCACUCUCUCAGAUUGGACCCAAUUUCAUUUGGUGGGUAGCGGCCCAGAGCAUCUUCUAUCACUUGUAUAAUCAGGUGUCAUACAUGUCUUUGGAUCAGAUCUCUCCCUUGACAUUUAGCAUAGGGAACACGAUGAAGCGUAUAUCCGUCAUAGUCUCAUCCAUCAUCAUCUUCCACACACCUGUCCAACCGGUCAAUGCGCUUGGAGCUGCCAUCGCAAUCCUUGGAACCUUCCUAUAUUCACAGGCAAAGCAGUGAGAAAGCAAAAGAACGCGGCGGAUAUAUCAUGUAAUGUAGAUGUGGAAAGAGAUGCAAUGAGGAGACCGAAUUGGCUGAAGUCACACUGACCACCAUUGAUGAAAGGCAAACGGGUGUUAGAUUGGUCUACAGGACUCAACUGGAUUUCUCUCCAAGCAUGUCAUGAUUUUGUCAAUGUUGGUUUUAUAACAAAUGUAACUAGGUAGAUUUGGCAUUUAGAUUCUCUCCCCAGGUUUUUUUUUGAAAAAUGAUUAGUAGCAAAUAAGAACAAUAUUAAUAACUAGUUCCCUUUUGAAGCAAGAGAAUGAUAAUAUCAUGGGUUCAUGAUCCUUUUAUGCAGAUUAUAAUAAUGACAUUUUGUCAACUAUUUUAGCUUUAAA